GAAUCUCCUUGUACUUAUUGGUAUUAACUAAAUGUUAUAUGAUAAUGUCCGGAACACAUAUCUCUACGCCCACCUUUCAUAUUUGUUUACUUCAUAUUUGCUCAUGAAACGACUGGUGCGCACUUCCUGAACAGAUGAGGCUUUUUUGUGGGGGUAGCAGAGUGGACUUGUAUAAACUUAGUGAACGGAUGAUGAUACGGAAGACUGAUUAAGCACAUGUCGAAAUCAAGAUCACAAAAAGUGAAGUUUUGUUCCUGAUUAACUUUCAGAAUAGAGGAAGAGUCAGCUGACUGACAGUUGGAGGAAACGGGGGUGGGGUGUGAUAAAAGUUUUUUUCCGGCGCGUUGGGAUGGAACAUCAGCCUAUUAUGAACAAUCAAGGCAGAAACUACGGACUAGCCAAUCCCGGUUAUAUCCCAGCAGCACAGGGGGGGCCCGCAAUGUUUGCCCCACCCGCAGCUGACGGGCCCAGCGCUCCUCCGGCCAGCAUGUUUGACAGCAUGCCUGGCUAUGAAGGAACAGUGGCAGGCGGAGGAGGUGGAUAUCUGCCCCCUCCAAUGCCUGCUUACCCAGUUCCUCAGCCUGAGCCUGGACCUGAACAACCACAUUGGAAUAUCCCAUCUAUAACUGAAGACACUGCUCGGGAGGCGUUGGUCCUGUUUGCCUCCAGCAAGUGCUGCUACAGUUCAGCACCAGCAAAGGAUGGUGUGAUCACCAACAUGGAGGCAUUCAAUACAUAUAGGUACCGCCUGGAAACCUUUACUGAAACAAGAUCUACAGAGUGGAGUCACGAGCCAUAUAAUGGCCAGCCAGUAGAUGCCUUUUCCCAACCACCUCCAGGGCCUUGGGAUAUUCCGGCUAAAACCCCCAGUUUUUUCCUGGAUUCCAAACAGACAAUCAAGGUUCCUUACACGUCAUCUAUGAAGAGCUGCCACGUUUGUUUGGGAAUGGGACGAAAACCUUGCAAAGACUGUGCCGGUGCUGGUAAUAAAGUUUGUUGGGUGUGCAAUGGAUCUGGUUACCGCCAUGGAAACGAUCGAUGCCACCACUGCAAUGGAAGAGGAAGGGACAACUGCAGCCACUGUCAUGGGCAAGGAUCAAGGCAAUGUGACACAUGUCGUGGCAAACAACAGCUUCUGGUCUACAUCAACCUCACUGUGAAAUGGACCAACAACUCUGACAGCUAUGUGGUAGAACAGUUGAGUGGACUGCAGGUGGACAACCUUAGCAAAGUGUCUGGCAAGGAGCUUUUCAGAGAUUCUCAGUACAUGGUAUACCCAGUGAUGGGCUUCCCAGACCCUGCAGUGGUGAGUGCUGCACAGCGCUUUGUUAAUGAACACCAGGGCAAAUUCUCCCAGACGUCACGCAUUCUACAGCAGCGUCAAACCAUUGAGCUGAUCCCUGUCACAAAGGUGACCUACUUGUGGAAAAACAAAUCACACAUUUACUUUGUUUACGGGAAUGAGUUCAAGGUUAAUGCAGAAAACUAUCCUGCUACCUGUUGUUGCUGUACUGUAAUGUGAUUGCAGUGAUUCUGUAUGAAGGUGUUUACUUUACUAACUAUUUUCUACAACAUAAUUAAUGUAAAGAAAGUGCCAUUUGUAUGCUUGCACCACAAAAAAAAAUGGUUAAUGACACAAUAUAAGCCAUAAUCAUACUAGAUUCUCUGAAUUAUGAACCCUAUUGCUUUAAUCUCUCAGCAGUUAUUUUCAUAACCAGUAAAGCAGCAGUUUUUUUUUUUUAUACACAAUAUUAUUUUUUAAUAGCAGUACAAAUUUUUUACUAAAAUGCAUUUAAACCUUAUUUGUUUGCUGUCAUGGUAACACUCUGUCGUUUUAUAUGAAUGUUUAUCUUUUAUUGAAUUUGUAUCAUUUUGCAAGACAAAACAUCUGUAAUACUUGCUCUGCAGUAAUUGCCAUUUGAAUAAAUGUCAUCUAGCAAUGUU